GAAGAAGACGCGUCUUUUUGCGUCAUUACCGCUUCUCAAAAAUGGCGUCCUCCAUGCCUAAAGACGGCAUGAGUGGAAGCCAAACAGCUAAAAAAAACUCAAAAAACAAAAUACAAGUGGACGAAUCUGAGCUCCUGACUGUUCCUGAUGGGUGGAAGGAGCCGGCGUUCACUCGAGAUGACAAUCCUCGGGGGCUGCUGGAGGAGAGCAGCUUCGCCACGCUGUUCCCUAAAUACAGGGAAGCUUAUCUGAAGGAGUGCUGGCCGCUGGUGGAGAACGCUUUAGGAGAGGCACACAUCAAAGCCUCUCUGGACCUGAUAGAGGGCAGCAUGACCGUCAGCACCACCAAGAAGACCUUCGACCCGUAUGCUAUCGUGAAAGCAAGAGACCUCAUCAAGCUGCUGGCGAGGAGUGUCCCAUAUGAGCAGGCUGUCCGCAUAUUACAAGAUGACGUGGCCUGUGACAUCAUCAAAAUCGGGACCAUGGUGAGGAACAGAGAGCGGUUUGUAAAGCGAAGGCAGCGGCUGAUCGGCCCUAAGGGCUCCACCUUAAAAGCAUUAGAGUUGUUGACCAACUGCUAUGUGAUGGUGCAGGGAAACACCGUGUCAGCACUGGGGCCCUACAGUGGCCUGAAGGAGGUACGAAAAGUGGUAAUGGACACCAUGAAGAACAUCCACCCCAUCUACAACAUCAAGACUCUGAUGAUCAAACAAGAACUUUCUAAAGACCCGGACCUGCGGACACAGAAUUGGGAACGCUUCCUGCCCAAGUUCCGCUCCAAAAACCUCUCCAAGCGCAAGGAGCCCAAGAAGAAGAGUGUGAAGAAGGAGUACACGCCGUUCCCACCCACACAGCCAGAAAGCAAGGUUGAUAAGGAGCUUGCCUCGGGUGAAUUCUUUUUGCGUGAAAGCGCGAAAAGGCGGAAGAAGAUGGAGGAAAUUAAGGUCAAACAAACAGAAGCACUGACCAAGAAGCAGGAGGAGCGGAACAAAGCCUUCAUUCCUCCUAAAGAGAAGCCAUUAAUGAAGAAAACAGUUAAAGCUCCAGAAGGGAAGCUGGACAUCAAAGCCAUUAAGGACAAAGUCAAAAAAGCCAAAACAAAGAAACUGGGAGCUCCACCUGUGAUCCCGGCUCCACCCACCAGCAACACCACAGACAAAAAGAAGAAGAAAACAAAAGACAAAGGCUAAGAACACAUCCAGCUCCAUCGUGUUUUUAACAUUUGCUGUUUGUUGGACAGAAGACAGACACUGGAAAUGCAAAGGAGUGAAACAUUUCUUUCCAGAGUUUAAGUCCCAAACAAGUUUUCAUUCUUUUAAGAUACAAAGACUGUUAAAGAUGAUGUACAGAGUCGCAUUUCUUACUUCCUUGUCUCCAUUUCCUGCCCUGUGCCGCAGUUUUGAACUGAUGAUAGUGGUAGCAUCUGUAAAAGUAAAGUUUUUUUUUUUUUUAAUGACUUGAAUCCUGCUUCUAUAAACUGUUUUGUCAUCCUUGUGUUGAGAUUCCACUGAUAUCAUCCUCACUAAAGUUCCCAAGAUCAAAAGCAGUUUUAGAGGCUUUAUGGUGUUUUUAGAGGGAGAGCUAGCAGGCACUAUGUGUAGGUUGAGAGACUGUAAAAAUAUUAAUUCCAGUAAAAACAUAAAAAGUUGACAUUAAUACAAAUAUAACUAGAAAACAGCACAAAGUACUUUAUUGGAGCUAUUUCAAGUAAAACUGUUACUUUUGUGUGAGAAGAAGAUCCUUUUAGUCAAUUUCAUGAAAAAAAUUAUAUAUUAA